GUCGAGCUCAAGCUCGCCAUUCACCGACUAAAGCUGCUGCAGGCCAAGACGGCCUCACUCAACACCAAGGCGCGGCGGGAGAUAGCAACGCUGCUCGAGACAGGCAAGAUAGAGAGCGCUUAUAUUCGGGUUGAGAACAUCAUACGCGAGGACUUUAACAUCGAGGCGCUGGAGAUAGUCGAGCUGUAUUGCGAGCUGCUGAACGCGCGCCUCGGUAUGAUUGAGCAGUCACGGACAGUCGACCCUGGGAUUGAAGACGCCGUGGCAUCUAUUGCCUACGCGUCGACGCGGGUCGACGUCAAAGAACUCGUCAUGAUCCGCGAGCUGCUGGCGGCGAAGUACGGCGCCGAAUACAUCAAGAACGCAAUGGACAACGUCGACGGCACUGUGAGCCCGAAGCUUGUGCACAAACUUGGCGUCAAGGCUCCCGCCCGCUUCCUGGUCGAAAUGUACUUGAAGGAGAUCUCAAAUGCAUAUAAUGUCGGCUGGCGGCCA